AUGAUGCCCGGCGGCAACUCUGGGCCCGAGGUGCUCUGCGUCACCCGCAAAGAAGACGCGACGGCGCCCACUGCAGAGUUCACCACGGCCGCCCCUGCCGAGUGCAAGACGCCGCCCACUGCCGAGAGCAAGACGCCGCCCACGGUCGAGUGCAAGACGCCGCCGACGGCCCACAACGAGUCCCCGGGCGCUUGCACCACCCCGCGACAGGAAGCCGCCACGCCGACGGCUGACGCGAUGAUGACCACCUCGCCGACGGUGCUCAACACCACCAUUGGCGCCUGUACGACCCCGCGACAGGAAGCCACCACGCCGACGGCUGACGCGAUGAUGACCACCACGCCUCCGGGUGACGCGAUGAAGACCAACUCGCCGACGGUGCUCAACUCCACCAUUGCUCAAGCCAAGAAGGCGCCGACUCCUUCGGCCAAGUCACCGGCUCGCCGCCGCAUUCGCCAGGUUCCUUUGACCGCGAAGGACGGCGCCGAGAAGCUGCGCUGGUCGGGCUACACGUCCCAGGAGCUGGCCCGUAUGGAGCUGCUGCGGAGCGACGGCUACGGCAUCCUCUGGGGCUCUACUACGUGCAGCCAGCCCGGUCUAUCGCUCAACUCGUUGGGCAUCGUGCUCGAGGUGGAGACCGGCACCCAGUGGGCUCAGUUGCUGCAGGCCGGGGAUAUCAUCAUACACGUCUCCGGGCUGACGGAGAUCUCGACCGAAUCGAUGCAGACAGCCGGUCCGCGCCGGCUGACGUUCGCGAGGAAGCCCGAGGAGAAGCAAGAAAAGGAAAUCAUCAUCUCCUUCUACCAGAACGAUGGUGGCGGCCCGGUGUGUUUUCGCAACCUCACCGACCUCAUCAACUACUACAGCACCAGUGAUCCGGCCGCCGGCGAGAGCCGCGCUGACGCCAAGCAAAAAUGCCGUCUCGAGGAGCCGAUACCGCGUCAGAUCUGGGAGUACGAGCACAAGGACGUGAAGCUGGAGAAAAAGCUGGGCAAUGGAGAAUUUGGCGAGGCCAAAGGCGAGGUGGCGGCCGCCAAGAAGAAGCGCAAGGAAAUCAUGCAGGAAAGCCGUGUAAUGCGUGACCUUAUUCAUCCGAAUGUGGUUCGUGCGUAUGGCGUCGCUGUUCUCGAAAAUCCCAUGUACAUUCUGCUGGAGCUGAUCCAAGGCGGCGAUCUGCUCAAAUUCCUCAAGUCCGAGUCGAAGCCGACGCGCCGUGAGCUCAAGCGCAUCAUGUUCCAGUGUGCGUGUGGCCUCGAGUUUAUCCACCAGAAGGAGGUCAUCCACCGCGAUCUGGCGGCCCGGAAUUGUCUGUACGAUGGCGAACGGCUUCGCAUCAGCGAUUUUGGGCUGUCGGUGCGUGGACCCGUGUUCUUGUUGCCGAAAAAUGCGAACCAGCGCCUGCCGAUUCGCUGGCUCGCCCCGGAGAUUUUGACGCUCGGCACGUUCACCUACAAGACGGACGUCUGGGCGUUUGGCUGUCUGGUGGUCGAGAUCUACUCGAACGGCGAGCUCCCGCAUGCCGGAAAGACGAACGGUGAAGUGAAGGAGGGCUUGGUGCAACGCCACACUGCGCCCAAGAUGCCGCCCGGGAUCCCGCAGGACAUGGUCAACUUUUGCAACGACUACAUCUGGGUUCGCGAGAAACAGCGCACCGACAUGCUGAAAGUGGUCAACCUGCUCGGCGCCAUCGGCCACUUCCAGCGACCCGUCAUCGGCGGUGAUGAGGAGCCUGGAGCCGCCAACAUCCACGAUGGUCCAAGCGUGGCCGAGACGUCGGGCACCCAGGACGGAGGAGGAAAUGCGGCCGACGGCGAAGAGAAGAAGCCACAACCUGCU